UUGUCAUUUUCGUUAAACAACACAGUAACCGAGAUUUAUGACGUUUCGCCUUUUACAGGCCUAGAUCCGGCAGGACCGCUGUUCAGCAGAAGACCUCCGACCGAACGACUAAGCGACACUGAUGCCAAAGUCGUCAAAUGCAUUCACACGGACAGCGACUUUGGAACCGAAGACGCUUACUUCGCCUCUUUGUUGAAAGAGUUCACGUGCAGCCAUAGCCUGGCCCACGUCAUCUACCUGCAGUCCAUACAGAACUACAGCCCGACCGGUGACGGCUGCAAGUUCCUGGCCUUGCCUUGUUUCUCAGCGCAGCAAUUUCAAACCGGAAAAUGUUUCACGUGCGGCCCGGCUUCGGAUUUCCCAAUCAUUGGCUACAAUGGCAGGGCAUAUACAAAUUACAAAACGGGAAAGUACUUCUUUGGGACCACCAACAACGUCAAGGACUUGUGUGGUAAGUGA